AUGGCUGAGACUCGUGACGAACAUCUAAUCCCUCUUGUCACGCAGGACGAUGUCGAUGCACAAAAUGCUGCGGAUGCAGCUGAGAGCCAGUACGAGCUGGUCCGGGAGCUUGCUGGGGAAACGCACCUGUUUCGACGCCGUGCUGAUGGCACACUAUUCCUUGGUAGCCCGUUGAACUUCGAAGAGACGGCACCAAAACUGGACACACUGCUGAAGCGGGGCGCAAACCAGGCGGUGACUGCACUUCUCAGCCACCCGAACCUCGUCAGCUACAUCGACACGAUCAAGACGGGCGUCGUCCGCGAGAGGACAACCAAGCCUCGCAUGUUCUCGGCGUGGGACUACUGUGACGCAGGUUCCCUGGAGACGCUGCUCCGAAAAUCGACACGCCCAGUGCAAACGAGCAGCGACACUGGACAGGUUCGGGGGUGGCUUCCUGAGAGCUUGUGCUGGCACGUGGUGAUCAGCCUGCUGAGCGCACUGGCCUGGCUGCACGAGGGCCAUGUGGAAGUAGACGUAGUCGAGGACCUGGGCACGACGCCGCGGCGUUCAACAAGAGACUAUACCGCUGCAGACCGGGAGCAGGAGGACUGGAUGCCCAUUCUCCAUCGAAACGUCAUGCCGAGUAACGUCUUUUUCCAGCAGCCCAGAGGCAUCGAGACGUAUGGGCUGUGCAAGCUGGGCAACUAUAGCAGGGUCUUUGUGUCCGGACACGUUAACGGCCGGUCUCGCGGGCAGGUGGUGUGCUCGCUGGACGACGAGAGCAGCAUGGCCGAGGUCCAGAGCGUCAUGGCCGUUGACGAUCUGUACAAAAUUGACAAGUCCAAGAGACCAUAUUUCAGGGGCACUGAAGUCUUCUGGGUCGGAGCGAUCCUGUACGAGAUGAUGACAAAACAGGAGCUUCCCGACAAAGAGGAGUGCACCGUGUUCGGCUGUGGUGGGCGGCACUGGGUCGAUCAAAGCACGUGGCCACAAUGCGUCUUCUCUAAGGAUGGCAGGGUGUUUGACCUGGAAGAGAAGACGGAACCACUGAUAGGCGUAUACACCCGUCAGCUGGUACUCUGCCUGCGAGAUCUGCUGCAGGCAUACCGUGCUGAUGCGCAUGCCCCGAGCCUCUUGCGUGAUGCCAAAGCAGGAUACAUGAAAUGGCGGACUGGGACCGCUGCUGGUGCUACGUAUCGCGACCUCUGGGAUGACAUGGUGCUGCGGCAGCAGAACAAGAAAAGAAGGGACGACGAGCAGAGCGCUAUAGCACACGCACAGAGCGGGCCCAAUGCUGUCGAUGUCGUCAAGCUGGCCAUGGACACACAAGAUGCCGUGGCAGCUGCGGUUUCGGGUGCGAACGACGACGCGAGCGAUAUUGAUGAUGCAGAGAAUGGUGUGUGGGCAGCAAGGCUGGAGAAUCUGAGGACGUGA